AACGUCGAUCUCUCAGGUGAGUCAGCAAUUCGCUAUAUAUGUUAGUAAUGUGCACAAUUUCAUCAGGCUAUGUCCUCCUGAUGGUACUACCCGUCAAACGCCGCAAUAAGCCUGAGGCUGCUAUCCUUCAUACUUUGACCUCGACCUCACCAUGGCCCACGUUUCGAGAGCACCGCAGUUGUCAGUGUAUACCACACUCCAUGACGAAGAUAUCUUGGACUGUCUCUUCGAUACACUAGAGUCCCGCUCUAAGGGCUUGGGUCGGCGCACUCUCGCAAGCUGCGCGCUGGUUUGCAAGUCCUGGUCGGAUCCCGCGUCGCGAGCAUUAUGGCGAAGACUAGACUCGUUCCAUCCUCUCUGGGCCUUGUUGGCAGGACGCAACUUCCAGCCUUCGGCGAAGCGACUGACUGAAUUCUGGCAGGUCGUUGAGCCAGAGGUGUUCGUGAAGCAAAUCCAUGUCAAGGAACCUGACCUAUGGGAUCAUUUUCUCCGUCGUGCCUCCUACGUUCGAGAGAUAGGAACGGCGUCGUGUCGGGAGCCUGAGCUCGCCCUCAUGUGCGCCGUGAUUCAACAGAAUGGCGGGCGUACAUUCCUCCCUACCCUGCAGAAGCUAGUUUGGAGAAACGGCAUACAUUCCGAUACAUCUCUCCGAUUCUUGGUCUCAUCCUCGCUCCGGGGCCUGGAGCUAGAUGUUACGACCUUCACUUCGACGAUCACCAGCGGUGGGCUCGAACAUGCGUUUACGGCACCCAUCAUCGACCAGACCUACCCCGCUAUGCUCUUCGCAGGGCUCCCAAAGGCAGCGCCAAACCUCCAGCGUCUCGUCAUCACAGGACGGCAACUAUCAAGUUUAGAUGUGAUCCCUAACAUCCUGGGGUUUGAACGCAUGCGCGAGCUCUCUCUGUUCAGAGAGGUCCUUGUAACGCCAGGCGCCUUUCAGUCCAUUUUGACGGCCAUGCCCGCUCUGGAGCUCCUGAACGUGCGCUUACAGGACUUCACCUCUCCCUUAGGCAUGGCGUACUCCCCCUCUCUACGGGUUCUCAGCAUUCACGGCGCCGCGCGGUACAUCACGGGCCUUUUCACAUCCUUCUUCGACGCACCAUCCUUGGACAGCGUGUCCCUCAAUGUGGAAGACGAGGCGUACUCCGCGGACCAUCCACGCUGCCUGCACGCCCUUUCCAAGACCAGCUUUGCCCCGUCCCUGCGCGAGCUCCGGUUGCGCACGCUCGUCCAACAGGAUCCUGAUCAGCCCCCUUCGCUGGCGGACACGAUGGAACACCUCGCGGAGCUACGUGCGCUCGAGGUCGCCGAGCUGCAUCUCCAGGACACGUGGACGCGCAUUGACGACGAUGACAUCCGCGCGAUCGCCCGCGCAUGGCCGCGCCUGCAGCGACUCCAGCUCGCGUACAUCCCCUCGAACAACCUCCCGCCCCUCAUCGCGCUGCGGCACUUCGCCCAGCACUGCCCGGAGCUGCGCUACUUGUACAUCACGAAGAUGGGCGUACCUACGGUUACAGAGGAGGCCACUUCUGAGCUAGAAGGUUCGGGUGCGGGGAUCAAGCCCGGGGACCACCCGAUGCGGACGCUGGAUAUGCGGAUGACGUUUGCGGGGAUGGGGUCUUACGACGUCGCGGGGAUCGCGCGUUUCAUCGAUGGCCUGUUCCCGAACUUGGAGCUGAACGCGGCGGACGCAAAUGGGAACGCCUUUGCUGUGAUGGCGGGGGUGUGGAACAGCAUCGAGAGGGAGAUCCGCAAGCUGAGGACGCAGAAGGGUUCACAAGGAUAAGGGCGGUAUGCACAUGUUCAGUUAAGUCAUUUGUGUCUUGCUUUUUGUAUAACUGCACUCCAUAUAUUC